UGAAUGUCUGUGUAGAACUUCAUGGUACAUUCGAUCUAUUCGUAUUGACAUUUCAUGUAUUCGACUUAUGGUGUAAGGCGUCAUCUUCAUGUGCCAGUAAUAAUGAUGAUGGCGGUCCACAUAUAGAAUUGUGUAUUGUGCUGCUUUCAUUGAAUGAUUUUAUUUCGAAUUUUACAUCGGUUUUUUCAAAAGUGUCACCUUCGGUGACAGGAACGUUGAAGAUAAAGAAUGAAACAACUGUGAAUGGAAAUAAUAAUAAUAAUAUCAGUGAUGAUGACAAUGACAUGAACUACAGCACCAUAGAAUCUUCAUCAAGACAGUAUCAAUUUGUCGUGUUUACUAGACAAUUAGUUAUGCGCUUAUCAGAUCACUUGACAGGACGUUUACGAAAAGUGAAAUGCCAGGCAAAUUUCACAUGAAAACAACUACAUUGAAUCCCUUGUUCGAUGUUUCAUUGCAGCUGGA